CAUCCUUUCUUUAUUCUAUAAAAAUGCAAGCAAUAGGCGGGAGGAGAUAUAGAACUAAACCGUUGGACAAGGGCAACGGGAACGGACAGAAUUUACCAAUUUUAUCACACCCACAAGUAGUAAACAAGUUAAUUGAAGCAGAGAUGCAUCUUGCACUCAGAAGAAUUUCUAGGCUUUCCAUAGCUAAUUUGGAGAGCAUCACCAAAAUUUCCGCUUCUUCUCUUUCUUCUUCCUCUGCAACUUGCAACAAUGUCGUCUUGACUUCUUCAUCUAGCGUGGAAGUGUAUGGUGCAAAAUGGAUGAGAUGUUAUUUGCAUGGUUUGACAGAGGGAAAAAUAUUACAUACUCCUAAUGGAAGGGACCAGAUCAAGAACACCCAAUUCAGAAGGGCUCUCAUUCAACAAGUUACUGCAGAACCUGUUACAAUGAGACGGUUUGCGGACUCUGAUACUGGGAUCAUUGAGGUGACUUUGGAUAGGCCUGCAGCCAUGAAUGCUCUAGGGAAUGAUUCAGUCAAAUGUUUGCAAUGCAUCCUUGAGACCCUGAAUGAGGAUGAUUCUGUGCGUGCAAUAAUGGUGUGCAGUGCUCUUCCUAAAGUAUUUUGUGCAGGUGCUGAUCUAAAGGAGCGACGAAAGAUGAGUGCUCCAGAAGUCAAAAUAUUUGUCAACUCUUUGCGAUCGACCUUUUCACUUUUAGAGGCACUAUCUGUACCUACAAUUGCGGUGAUUGAGGGAGUAGCACUCGGUGGUGGGUUGGAGCUAGCUCUUUCUUGUGAUCUACGUGUCUGUGGAGAUGCAGCGAUUUUUGGAAUGCCAGAGACAGGACUUGCUAUAAUUCCUGGUGCAGGUGGAACACAGCGUCUUCCAAGAUUGAUAGGCAAGUCACAGGCAAAAGAGCUUAUUUACACUGGUCGCAAGGUUGAUGGGAAACAGGCAUUGGCCAUGGGACUUGUAGACCACUGUGUCACAGCAGGAGAUGCAUAUUCAAAGGCUCUUGAGAUUGCUCGAGAUAUCAAUCAGAAGGGGCCCUUGGCUAUAAAAAUGGCUAAAGUUGCUAUCGAUCGAGGUAGUGAAGUUGACACCUGCUCGGGAAUGUUUAUUGAGGAAACUUGCUAUGCUGAAGUAUUAAAUUCAAAAGAUCGACUGGAAGGGUUGGCAGCAUUUGCUGAGAAACGGAAACCAAACUACAGUGGUGAUUAGAUUUGUGUUUGGACCUGCAUAAUUUGUAUCAAAUCAGAACUACUUGCAUAUGAGAUGCAAUUUUCUGAACCCUGUACAGAGUCUUAUUAUGACUAGUUGUCAUAUGUCCCUCCUUUCAAACAAUGAGAAGGAUUGGAAUUCACUGUUAUGUAAAGAUUUAUGCUAGCAAUAAGCUUAUAGCCUUUUGUAUCUACAAAUUUACAAUGAUUUAAGAAUUUCUUAACAGGUUAACCUUGAA